AUGGCCUUCAACAAAGCAAUCAGGUUGACCCUGUGGGAGAAACUCGAUUUCUUCCCUGCCCUAGUAUCCAUCUGGAUUACUGCUAUAUGGGCCAUCUUGACUGGAUUACGGCGAGAGUCCAACCAGCCCAAGACCCUGUUUCUUCAUAUUGGCUACGCGGUGUUCCGUAAGGCGACGACACGCUUGUCCAUCAAGCAGAUGCAAUAUGUCCUACCACCAACCAACAAGAUGUACGAGACAUAUAUCAAGAAAAGCAAGCGGUUGUCUCACACCAUCGACCUGGGCAAAGGCUCCUACGGCCACUGGAUCGGAGACGCCAAAGCAGAUAACGUCCUGAUCUGGUAUCACGGUGGAGGCUUCGCCCUCCCUGCGAACAUGGGCUACUUCAAAUUCUUCGCCAACCUAGUCGACCACGCCGCGACACACAACAAAUCCCUCGCCAUCUUCAGCCUCACCUACACCCUCGCCCCGCAGGCAACUUACCCAACCCAGCUCCGCCAGGCAGUCGACUGCCUCCGCUACAUCCUCGCCAACACCUCGCACCAACCCAGCCGCAUCUUCCUCGGCGGCGACUCGGCGGGAGGCAACCUCGUCGGCGGCGUGCUGUCGCACCUGGCGCAUCCGCACCCGCAGAUUGACCCUUUGAACGUAACCGAGAACCUCGCGGGCGCGGUCAUGAUCGCCCCCUGGACGUUAAUGGACACGGACUUUUCGGACCGGAAGAUUGAUUCUAGUGGGGAUCUGAUCACGCCUGCGGUGGCAGGUCCGUGGGCGGGGGCGUACCUGGGUGCGGCGACUAGAGACGUCUAUACGGAUUUGUCGAAAGCGGAGUCUGACUGGUAUUCUACGUUUCUGGUGGAGAGUGUGUUGAUUUGCGCCGGGGGGAAUGAGAUUCUGUUGCCGAUUAUACAGGAUUUUGCGGAGAAGUUCAAGGCUGGCUUCGCAUCGUCGGAACUGUUUGUUGGACAUCGCGAGGGUCAUGUUGCUCCCAUCUAUAAUCUGGAAUUGGGGGAUACGACGGAGACGGAGCAGGGGAAGAGGGUCAAGGAGUGGUUGUCGAAACGCUUGUUCUGA